AUGACUGCCAAACUGUCACAGGACACCGCAUCUACCCUUCGUGGGAUGUUGGAUGCGACGACAUCGGGUCCAUCGCCAAAGGUUCCCGGCCUCGUCUAUUGCGCUGUCGACCGUGCGGGCGACGUGUUUUUCAGUCAUGCCUCCGGAAAGCGUGGGAAUGACUCCCCAGACCCGAUGUCCUUAGACACAGUGUUUUGGAUUGCUUCCUGCACAAAGCUGCUAACCAGCAUAGCUUGCAUGCAAAUGGUUGAACAGGGCAAGCUGGCACUCGAUGAUGUUGAACAAGUCCAAUCGCUCGCCCCAGAGUUAGAGGAUGUCCAAGUCCUUGAGCGAGAGAUUGACGGCAGUUUUCGCUUGGUCCCAAAAGACCGCGGUAUCACACUUCGAAUGCUGCUGAAUCAUACCUCCGGCUUUGGCUACGCCUUCGAGGAUCUAAACCUUCGCGACUGGUCUCGCCCGCUCGGCUUGGACGACUUUUCCGGCCACGAGGCGGACGUGUUGCACCGGCCAUUGGUCAAUCAGCCAGGGACCCGGUUCCAGUACGGCGUCGGGCUUGAUUGGGCUGGUGUGCUCGUGGAGCGAGUCAGCAGUCUAUCCCUGGAGGAGUAUUUUCAGCAGUUCAUUCUGCGGCCUCUGGGGAUUGAAUCGAUCACAUUCUUCCCCUCUAAAGAGAUGAAAAUGAACCUGGCGUACAUGCAUCAACGCGAUAAAGAUGGUACAGUGAAAGUCACCGACCAUCUGUAUCGGUAUCCUCUUCUGCCGUGCAAACCUGGAACGGAACGCCAGAGGUUCUGCAUGGGGGGAGCAGGCUGUUUCGGGAAGCCCAUUGAGUAUUGCAAGAUCAUCGCAACGCUACUAAACGACGGCACAGAUCCAAAGACAGGAAUUCAGCUCCUGAGGCCCGAAAUAGUAAAAGGCAAGAAAGAUCCUAAUCCACCCAGCCACGCCACUCAGCAAGUUAACAAGUCGAAUGUAGAAAUGUUCACCGACCAAAUUCCAGAUCUGCCUCGGUAUUGCAACGAAUACACACCAUCGGGAAAGCCGCUUCUCGCGAACCCUUGUCCGUUGGUGCCCUGUGAUGAUGACUUGACUGAGGGUUGGGGGCUGUCCUUCUCCCUCAGCCAUCGCAAGAGCCCAACAGGACGGGCAGCUGGAUCUGGUUCUUGGGAAGGACUGGCAAAUCUGUUCUGGUUUGCGGAUCGGGAGAAUGGGGUUGGGGCUAUUAUUGCAUCUCAGAUUCUUCCAUAUGGAGAUCUCCAGGUGUUGGGAUGCAUGGAGGAGGUGGAGAAGAUGAUAUAUGAUGAGUUGGAGUCUAGAAAGGUGUAG